AUGCAGCCGGCAGAAGGGGCAACACCCGAGCCACUGCGGUGGGCCUUGCACGGCGGGCCAGGCACAGGCAAAUCGCACACAUUGAAACUCAUACGAGAAGAGCUGUUCGAGCAGAUCGCUGGGUGGACGCGUGGGUCUCAGUACCAGAUUGUGACGUUGCAAGCGGUCAUGGCAAAUGAUUUGGACGGCGACACCAUUCACCAUGCACUGGGGCUAAAUUGGCAGAGUGCGUCAGACGACAAAAUCAGUGGGAGCAAAUUCUUGGACUUGAGUGCCAAGGCCGUGCAAUGGUUGGAUUUGCGAUGCCGGGAGCUGGUGCGAGACCUCGCACAGAGCAAGUAUGCACGAGGAAGCGCUCACGCUCGGUGCAAGGAAGAACGAGCGUCCAAGAAACGCGUGGUAGAUACCGCGGGGCACAUGGUCGAAGUGGAGAAAAGGGACCGAGCCAAAGCAAUUUUUGCGACGAACGCAGUGAAGUACCAUGUGAACAAGUUGCGAGCGCAAGAUUGGGCACAGAGGCAGGGUCAAGAAGUGCAGUAUGCCAUCGCAAAAGAUACUAUCUCCAGUCGUGCAUUGCAAGAAAAACCGGAUCUGGGGAGGGAGAAAUUACCGUGGCUGCAGCGACAUGACCAAGACUGCGGAGGGUUAUAUGGGGUCUUGCCCUUGUGCGUGGGCAUGCCAGUGACGGCAACAGACCACCUGGACCGGCGCAGAGGCAUACUGAAGGGAUGUCCAGGCAAGGUGGUCGGGUGGAGCUGGCGAAAAGAGCAGGAGAUAGCGCAAGACCAAAAGACACACAUUUGGAACCAGCCCCCAACCUGUAUUUUCGUCCAAUUCACAACGAAAACGCAGUGGCGAGUCCAAGGCCUGGACAAGGACAACGUCUUUCCUGUGACGCUUCAACGGCAACCAUGGCACAUAGACAAAGGCAGGAGCCGGCCAAUGCUACGUGUCGUCCGGCGGCAAUUUCCGCUGGCCCCAGGCUUUGCAACGACUGCCCACGCCGCACAGGGGCAAACCUACGCAGAGGGUGCAAUAACAGACAUGCAACUCGGCGAAGGCGGAGACCCCAUGACAGCGUACAUUGCGGUGACACGGGUGAGAGAUAGAGAGGGUUUAUACAUCUACAGACCCUUUGAUGCCUCGCCAUACCAGAAAGGAUGUAGCGUGGGGAGGGCUCUGUUGUUGCAGACCUGGCGUGGGGACUGCAUCGAUUGGGCAACCUUACGCACGCGCUACCGAGAAGAAGCAGCGUGCAGCGAGUGCCGCGAACGCAAGCCCAAAAGCGGGUACACUGCAGGGCAGUGGAAACGGGAAGCAGCCGCGCGGGUGUGCAGAGAAUGCGUGCGUAACCAUGCGGCAAACAACACGCCGUGGCAAUGCAGCGUAUGCAAAGCAUGGCAGGACGAGGCGGCCUUUGCAAAGCAAUACGCGCGCCCACCGUGCACUUUCUACCGCGUGUGCCACACGUGCGAAGUGCAGAAGCCGUGCUGCAAGUGCGGCGUGGCAAAGCCGGCGAGCGCGUUUGGAGCUUCUGCGUGGAAGGCGCGACAUGCAGACCGACGUUGUUGCAAGGACUGCGCAGUGAAAGUGACAGGUCACUGGCGCUGCGGAGUGUGCAGUGAGCAAAAAGCACGCGAGCACUUCAGCGCGUGGACACGGCAAAGCACGAGGCAAAAUGGAAAGCAGCGUUGCAAUCCGUGCGUCCAGGCAACGGAAAUACGGGCGGCUGCAAAGAAGGCAAAGGGCAGACUAUACAAGCUGCGAGUGCAGGACAAGAGACAGCAGGUAAUCAGGUGCAGUCGGGCAGAGAGCCCGGACAGCGUACGGCCGUUGCUGCGAAGAAGCGUGUGUCGACAAGCGAUACGCCGUGCGACUGCCUGGCAGACGAAGGCACCUGUGAGAAGCGCCGUGCGCACAGGGGAAAUAGAGCACCGCCGUGCAUGCGGGAAUCGUUUUCGUGUCAAAGACGGACACGUUGACGAGCCGGCGCAGCCGACGCCCAGGAAGACGCAGCCCCGCGCACAGACAACGCAAGCAGCGCAGGCAGCAAGACCGCAACAAGAGACGCAGGCCACGGCGAGAGCCGCGAAGGAGACAAACGCAGCGCCGGCAAAGGCCGAACUGGAGAGCAAGAACUGCUUGUCCUUUGACAUUUCGAAGUCUCCGGAGCAUGGCCGGUCACCGGCAAAGGUGGUGCCUUGGUCCAUGAAGAUUCCGUUCGAGAGAGCGGGAUCGUAG